CUCUUGAUUCGAGACUCAAGCUAUCUACAGAAUUGCGGCAACUUGCGACAGCACAAGGUUGGCACACUAUUGGACAGUGCGUCGAUGAUGUUCAAUUCGCGUGGGGCACAAGCUGUGAACUCCGAGGCUCCAACAGGAAGCCCACCAUUAUUAUCUUCGCCACUGCCGCACAUCCCCUCGACCCUUUCCCCAGCACUGUUAUCGAAUUUAUAUCGCUGCCGCAUCUCGUCCGGUCUCACAUUCUCUUUGCCCAGCCAUAUUCAACCGCAGAUAACCAUCUCCAGGCACACUCCUGCUUUUCUAUCUGACCACCACAAUGGCACCACCCACAGCAACCUACACGGAAACGGACACCGAUCCCUACUCCCACACUCCAAGCGAGGGAUUUGACACCCCAGACGCUCAACCAAAAGGCACUGCGCCCAACGAGCCUGGUCUAAGCCAGGGCGCCGCUAAAGUCCAACUCCAGAAGUUCCCCAGCCCACCAAGAUUCACAGACAAAUACGAGGAAAGAGAAUACCUCAAAGGCCGCCUGGCGCUGGCAUUCAGAUUAUUUGGCAAAUAUGGCUACGACGAGGGUGUCGCUGGCCACAUCACAUUGCGCGAUCCUGUUGACCCAACAACCUUCUGGGUGAACCCCUUUGGCCUUGCAUUCACUGAGAUAAAGAAGUCCGACCUGAUUUUGGUCGACCACGACGGUAAGGUCAUUGACGGAGGACCAAACCGCCUCCUCAACACAGCCGCAUAUAUGAUCCACGCUGCCAUCCACAAGGCUCGUCCAGACGUUCUCUGCGCCGCCCACUCGCACAGUAUCUAUGGCCGCACAUUCUGUACCCUUGGCCGGGGUAUCGAUAUCACAACGCAGGACAGCUGCGCGUUCUACAACGACUUGGCCGUAUACAGACAAUUCAAGGGUAUCGUGCUAGCCAAGGAAGAGGGCGAGAACAUUGCAAAAGCGAUUGGCCCCAAGAAGGCUUGUCUUCUCCAGAACCACGGUCUUUUGACGUGCGGUCAAACCAUUGAGGCCACCGUAUUCUGGUUCGUCAGUCUCGAGAAAUGCUGCCACACACAACUCAUGGCUGAUGCGGCAUGCGCUGGUCGGGGCGGAGAAACAGUCAAGAUCGACGAGGAGGAUGCCCAAUUCACAUACAAGAGCGUUGGCACGCCCAGAGCCGGCUGGUUCAGCGCCAAACCCAUGUUCGAUGUCAUGGCUAAGGAAUGCCACGAUGAGUAUCUGCUAUAAGCAGCUUCGAUGUGGUGGAUGUGACGAUAUACAUGAUGAACAUAGGGGGAGAAUUUGUGUAGUUAUCUUGAAUGAACAAAAUUGUCGUUAUAUUUCCAAAA